AUGGAUCUGUCCGACCUUCCCUUCCCUCUCUCCUCGGCCGACGACCUCUACGAUGACCCCUGCUUCAGCACCAGUGACAUGAACUUUUUUGAGGACCUGGACGCUCGGCUGAUGCACGCCGGCCUGCUAAAGCCGGACGACCAUCUUCAUCACCAUCAAAACCACCACGUCCCCAAGGAUGAGCAUGUGAGGGCUCCUGGGGGCCUCCACCAGGCAGGGCACUGCCUCCUGUGGGCCUGCAAGGCCUGCAAGAGAAAGACGACCCACGCCGACAGAAGGAAAGCAGCGACGAUGAGAGAAAGGCGGCGGCUCAGCAAGGUAAACGACGCCUUUGAGACCCUGAAACGCUGCACGGCCUCCAAUCCAAACCAGCGGCUGCCCAAAGUGGAGAUCCUGCGUAACGCGAUCAGCUACAUUGAGUCCCUGCAGGCGCUGCUGAGGGCCGGCCGGGACGACGGCUUCUACCCACCACUGGAACACUACAGCGGGGACUCGGACGCCUCCAGCCCCUGCUCCAACUGCUCCGACGGCACGAUGGAUUUCAUCUCCCCGUGUUCGGCCAGGAGCGAGAGCAGUGACGGUUCCUACUGCGGCCCGACAGCAGACGAUUCCAGCAGCACCAAACCGUCCCUCAUUUCCAGCUUGGACUUUUUGUCCAGCAUCGUAGAGCGGAUCAGCAAAGACCAGGCUGUGGGCCCCCCGGGCGACACAUUGGUCCCCCGGGGCCCCGGGUCGCCUCAUGACAGCCCUGCAGUCCCCGCUCUCUACCGGGUGCAGCCAAGGACUCAAAUUCCUCAGAAAGACAGACUUAUCUCCCACAUUUUUACGGAGGAAAGUGCGGAUGAAGCCUCGUGA